AAAAAUAAACGACGGGCAUAUUGCGGGAGGAACGAGAAAGUUACGAGGACUCCGUCGCGACGCAAAUCUGAUCGAGCAGGGUGAUUCGUGGGCCACGUAAAACGGGUAGGUCUCCGGCUAACGACCAACCGAUGGCAAUAAAAGAUAACACGGAAAGGAACUGUUCGUCGUUACGGAGAACGCGAACGAACAAGGUCGUCUUUUCGGCCCCGCGAUUCCUCCGUGACCUCCCCAAGCUCUGUACGACCAAUAAUUGAAAUUAAUUACAUUUCGUUAGCAGACACAAUCCCCCCAUUGUUCGUCACGGAAGUGUGAUUAAUGCUUCUCUCCGCGUUGCUGUAACCUGCCCUUUGUUUCCGUUCGUGCACGGCCGCGUCGACAUUUCAUAAAACAGCACCUGCACCUUUGUUCCCGAUCGUCCCGCAGCGAGACGCGUUCCCCAACGUGACAACAAUAAUUCAUCGAUAUUAUCGAACACCGACCGCGGGUACACGCCUCCCCCUAUGAAUAAUUUCUUCAAUAUCAACGCUUCGAAUCCAUAAAAUGGGCGGAAGAAUCGAAGUCUCGAGAGUCUUUUGGGAAUAAAACGAAAUAUUUUCCAGUUUUGAUCCAACAUGAAAUUUCAACGUGUCUCGCAACGGUUGCGUGGUCCUCGAUCAUUUAUUUUUCUCACGCCCCAGCGUCGUCGUCGCGAAAUGUUAAUUCACCGUUUAGGAAAAGCUGCACGUAUCGCGCGAAUAUCAAUGGCUCCGUUCCUCGUUUCGUACGCGUGUCGAGCCGAAAACGAGGCGCGACCGCUUCCAUUGUUCAUCCCGCCGCGGUCCGCGUAGGAUUUAGUCGGAGAAGGCGCCCCGUGUAAUUUCAUUUUUUCCGUGGACGAGGGGUUAAAUCUGUUGAUGUUUCGGCGAAAGACGGACCUCGUGACGAGCGAGCGAUGCGACGGUGAACGGAAAAUGGUUCGUUGAUCGGGUAAAAAGUUGACCGAGCCAGGGACCGAUCGUGGGAGGAAUUAUGCCGGACAAAAAUCGAGGAUGUCGGGAUGGACAACGCGACAAAGAUUUCUUUGCCGACGAGAUAUCGUCCAUCGGCAUGUCGCUGCGGCCCAGCGGCAGCGCCUCUUCCGGGAUUUCAACCCUCGCGAGCUGCGGCGAGGUCGAGGCGUUACCGGAACUGCCGCCGCAGGACGAGGAACGUUUGCAACGCGCCGCACGUUUGCUGCAACAGAGGCUCGUUUUGCGCCAGUGGCUGAUAGAUCAUGACCUGCACAGCUAUUACCAAAAACUGAUGCAGAUGGAAGUGAUGUCUCUGGAGGACGUGUACUGGGUGGAGGAUAAUGCGGCACGGGCGGCUCUUGGCAAGGAUCUACAGCGAUGGAUACAGGCCAGACAGACGCUGCCCACAUCGAAGGAGGAUUUAGAGACCCUCAAGGCCGAUUUGUGGAGCGCCGUUGUAAAGAACAGUCAACACCAGGACGCCUGGACAUGGGGUGGAAUGUUAGUUGUUUCUGUGUCGGUGGCGGGGUUAGUGACCCUGGCUGCUAUGACACAGCCGGCUCUAGCACCAGAGGCAAAACAUUCCCUUCUGCAGUACGUGACUGGAAAGUAUUUGCUACCGAGCAACUGUCGAGUUCACUUUGAAUGGGACGAGCCGCAGCUCGUGGGAGAAACGAUGACGUUCACCGUAAAGUUUUACCAACGCAACGGGCAGCCGUAUCCGAUCUGCGACAAGGACAACUUAAUAGUGGAGGUGACGGAAGGUUCGCGAAGGAUAGCCACCCUGAUAGAGCUUGGUGGCACUGAUCCUUUGGCCGCGAACACCGCGGUGGUGAAGUUUACUGUCCGCCAUGCUGGACAAUAUCGGAUAGCCGUGCUUAUCGGUUCGUGUCACGUUCACGGCAGCCCGUUUCUGAAGAACUUCCUCCCCGGUCCUCCGGAUCCGAACAAGACCGUCUUCGUGCGACAGAGUUCCACGGUGGUGUGCACCGCCGGGAUCCCCCACAGUAUGACGAUAGAGCCACGGGACGAAUAUGACAAUCUGUGUGUAUUCUGGCCGGGGGACAAGCCCACGGAGGGCUACGAAGUGAAUAUUACUCAGAUCGGUAGCGUGUCGGACAUGUCGGCUGUCACGAACUGUAGCAUACAGCUGGACUACGAUUAUCCUAGUCAGAGGGUUUGUUUGAAAGUCAGCUUCCCCAAAGGUGGCUGCUAUCACGCGACAGUCAGCUUGACUGGGCUGCAGCUGCACAACGGCGAUUUCGACAUCAUUGUACUCGAGAGUGAUGUCGCGAGAAUGGUGUACAGUAACGUCACUACGAAGGACCCAGAUAUAUGUUACGCGGCGAAAUUGUUGGGCAUGCAGGGCGAGAAAUUCUCGAAGCCGAAGAAAGUAGUCUGCUUCAUUUCGCCGAAGCAGCUCACGAUCAAAGAGUAUUUGCUGAGAAUUAUACCGAAGAGGCUCGUUACUUUCAGGCUCUGCCCCUCGACCAAAUUCCAUUUCGAUUGCUCGAACAACGAGUACAACGGUUACGACUCCUUUUCUAUCGACGAUGGAUGUCAGCCGCCCGUUGAACUGAUUUCCCUCUAUCGAGACAUAAUAGCCGCCACGUUUACGUUGUUCCUUUUGAAGAACAUAGGCGGUAGCGAAACGUUCGCGGAUAAGCAGGAUUUCUUUUAUCACGAGGUGCGAAAGCAUCAUCAGAAGCACUAUCACGAGAAGCUUUCGAUGAAGGUGCAACGGGACAAACUGUUGGAAUCGUCCAUGAAAACCACCAAAGGAUUCUCUGUGAGCGACUGGUGCAGAAACUUCGAGAUCACCUUCCAAGGCGAACAAGGUCUCGAUUGGGGCGGCGUGCGACGAGAAUGGUUCGAAUUGAUCUGCGCCUCGUUGUUCGAUCCGGGAAACGGAUUGUUCGCCUGUUUCGGUGAAUCGCCGCAGGCACUGGUGCAUCCCAACAACAGACGGCCUACGCAUCUCAAGCUGAAGCAUUACGAGUUCGCGGGUCGCAUCGUGGGCAAAUGCCUCUACGAGUCCGCGCUGGGCGGUUUCUAUCGACAAUUAGUCCGCGCGAGGUUCACGAGAUCCUUCCUCGCGCAGAUCAUAGGCCUCAGAGUGCAUUACAAGCAGUACUUCGAACAGGACGACCCGGACUUGUAUCUGAGUAAGAUAAAGUACAUUCUCGAGAACGACGUGGAGGAAAUGGAAUUGUAUUUCGUCGAGGAGGAGUACGACAAAGACGGUCAAUUAUUAAAGGUAGCCGAAUUAAUUCCUGGCGGUAGCAAGGUUCGCGUUACCAACGACACCAAGUUACGUUAUUUGGACGCUCUAGCGCAACACAGGCUCGCCAGUUCCAUCAGAAACGAGGUGGAGCAUUUUCUACGCGGGUUGAACGAGCUCAUUCCCGACAACCUUUUGGGAAUAUUCGACGAGAACGAACUCGAGUUACUGUUGUGCGGUACCGGCGAGUACAGCGUGGCCGAUUUACGCGCGCACCACAUAGCCAACGGAAGUUCGCCGGAGUUUCUUCGAGUUCUGGAUUGGUUCUGGACCGCGGUCAGUAACUUCACGCAGGAGGAGAUGGCCCGAUUACUGCAAUUCACCACGGGCUGCUCGCAAUUACCGCCCGGUGGAUUUCAACAGCUGAGCCCGAAAUUUCAGAUCACAGCCGCACCGACUUUUGCUAACUUGCCAACAGCACACACUUGCUUCAAUCAACUCUGCUUGCCCGAUUACGAGUGUUACGAUCACUUCGAACGAGCAUUAUUGCUGGCGAUCAGCGAAGAUAAAGGAAUAUAUACUCUUCGAUCGUCGCGCUACGAAGGUGAACACCGAGGCAAGGAAAGUAACAUGCAUACUCGAGGACGUAACUCAUUCUCUCAUAUCGACGCUACGCAAUUCUUCGGUUCUCGCUACAAGUUAUCCGAUAAAGAAACGAAAAAAUGAAUACUCGUGCAAUAUAUAAUGAACCAAAGACGAAGGACGAUAGCUUUAGGCUUCUCCGUAGACGUAAUAUCGUCCGAGAGAUUUGUUGAUUAGUGCGUAUACGUAGUACGAAACCUCAUGAUACUUCGAAUUAAUAAACACCGCGUCGUUUUUCUUUUCUUAUCUCUGAUAGGGACAGCGAGUUUUUCUCAGUCUCGAAAAUUAAAGAGCAAUACGUUGGUCGCGAUUGAUAAUACGCAAUAAAUGAUACUUUAGGUCGACUAGUGAGAAUUACAUGCUACACUUAACGCGCUCGUGCACGAAACGAUUUUGUGAUAAACGAACAAACGAAUCUUCCAUUGAAAAAAAAUUGAUUAUCUUCGAGCCAGGGGAUGCCCGUGCCGCAAUGGCGAAGUGUUUUGCGAAAGGCGUCACGCCGCAGGGACGACGACGAUGUUGUUACCAAACGAAACGAGAAAUCAUAAUUUUAUCUGGUACUUAAGUACACAAUAAAGAGAAAUGUGAUCAGACACGUCGUACUUGUGUCACACGUACGUGGGUUACUUAGGAUUUAACCGGUCUAUUGUAACGUGUUUUGAAAAAAAUAAUAUACCGUGAGCAUUUUUUUUUGUUAAAUCCGUAUACGUAAUCGUUAUGUAAAACACGCACUAACCACGAUUGUGUGUACAUAUAUACUUAUCGAUUAUGCAAAUGUAUUUGUUAUUCGCUUUGUAACGUAUUGGAUUAUAUAACGCCUAGGAAUGCUGACGGUACCUUAUUUUUGUCACUUUAUCAUGUUACACGGACAAACAAAGUGU